UCCGGAAGCCUGCGGAUCCCGGAAGCGAGGGCGACCCAGAUUCGGCUCCGGGGGGAAAAAGCUCGGCUUGGCGGAGAAUGUCUGAGACGAGGUUGUGCGGCGCCUGGGCGUUCCGCAGACCCCGCAGGUUUUGGCAAAUAUGAGGCUAAGGGCUCCUGAAGCAGAUGUGCAGCAGAACUCUCCAGCACCUUCUGAUAGGCCACUGAGUGUUGCAAGGGCCACAGAAACGGAGGGAAGGAUGUCAACUGAUCUGCUUAUCAGCUGUUGCAGUAACCAGAUGUUUUUACUGCUGUAAAUGACUUCUGAGGCACUCAUACCUAGACAGCAUCAGAGAAGAUAUGGCUGGCAGAGAAGAGAAUCCUCAGAGCGCUAACAGAGUGCUGAGGAUAAGUCAGCUGGAUGCACUCGAACUGAAUAAGGCCUUGGAGCAGCUCGUGUGGUCCCAGUUUACUCAGUGCUUUCACGGAUUUAAGCCAGGACUGUUAGCUCGCUUUGAGCCAGAGCUGAAAGCAUUUCUGUGGCUUUUCCUGUGGAGGUUCACCAUCUACUCCAAAAAUGCCACUGUGGGACAGUCAGUUUUAAAUAUUCAGUACAAAAAUGAUUCUUCUCCCAACCUGAUAUACCAGCCACCAAGUAAAAAUCAGAAACUGUGGUAUGCUGUGUGCACCAUUGGGGGGAGGUGGUUAGAAGAACGAUGUUAUGAUUUGUUUCGAAACCGUCAUUUAGCGUCUUUCGGGAAAGCCAAACAGUUCGUGAAUUUUGUGGUUGGACUUUUAAAAUUAGGUGAGUUGAUGAACUUCUUGAUUUUUCUACAAAAAGGAAAGUUUGCAACUUCGACAGAACGCCUCCUUGGCAUUCAUUCCGUAUUUUGCAAGCCCCAGAACAUGCGAGAAGUUGGCUUUGAGUACAUGAAUAGGGAACUUCUCUGGCAUGGCUUUGCUGAGUUUCUGAUUUUUCUCUUACCACUCAUCAAUAUCCAGAAGUUGAAAGCAAAACUGUCUUCCUGGUGCAUCCCCCUCACCGGUGCUGCUGGUAGUGACCGUGCACUGGGCAGCAGUGGCAGAGAAUGUGCGCUGUGUGGAGAGUGGCCCACGAUGCCUCACACCAUUGGAUGUGAGCAUGUAUUCUGCUACUACUGUGUUAAGAGUAGCUUCCUGUUUGACAUGUACUUUACGUGCCCUGAGUGUGGCACAGAAGUACACAGUGUGCAGCCACUGAAAUCAGGAAUUGAAAUGUCAGAAGUAAAUGCUCUGUAGAAACCAAGUUGUUUCCUCUGAGGAAAGUGUAUUGUAUCCAGUUCCUUGGAAUUAGUCAUCCACAGUGUCAUCUGUAGGUGGCUUUUAACAGGAGUGUGCUGUGCGGCCACAGUGUCUGUCAUCUGUAGGUGGCUUUUAGCAGGAGUGUGCUGUGCGGCCACUCUCUUCCUUCUCAAGCACAACUCAGUUCUAAUCACUGGAAACCAAAUGAUGCUAGAAAAUCUUAUAAAUGUUCGUGUAAUUUUUUUAGAUCACCUAAUACAAUCUUUAAUGUCAAGAAUACUGAAUUUUUUUUUUCAGCUGAAUACUAAGAAUGACUAAGGAUGCUUCUUCUUAGAGAAAGGUCAGACUCUAAAAAUAAAAGACUUUUGAGACUCUGG